GUCGUGUCCAAUAACAAACAGGAGUUUGUGUUUACCACUAAGAGACAUAACGAAGUGAGCGUCGGCUCCAUCGCUUUCAGCCUGCCACAGAGAAAAUGGGCAGAAAUCCCCCUUGGAGAUUAGUUCAGAGUAACGAACUACAAGUUUGACAAAUCCAAAGGGUGCAUAAACACCAUGACCGUGGAAAUUGACUUUCUCCAGAAGAAGUACAUCGACAGUAACCCGUACGAUACGGACAAGAUGGCAAGCGAGUUCCUGCAACGCUUCUUCAACCAGGCAUUCUCCGUCGGCCAGCAGCUGGUAUUUAGUUAUUCUGAAAAGCUCUUCAGUCUGGUGGUGAAAGACAUCGACGCCAUGGAUACCAGCAUCCUGAGAGGAGAAAAGACAUCCGACGCUUCAGGAAAGAAGAUAAAGGUCGGUCUGUUGCUGGCAAACAGUCAAGUGGUUUUCGAGAAAUCGGCAAGCUCGGCUGUUGUUUUGAUUGGAAAAUCUAAAAUCCGAGAUGCUCGGCAGUCCAUCAUCAGCCCUGACUGGAACUUUGAGAAGAUGGGGAUUGGAGGCCUUGACAAGGAGUUCUCUGACAUCUUUCGCAGAGCCUUCGCCUCACGAGUCUUCCCUCCAGACAUCGUUGAGCAGAUGGGCUGCAAGCACGUGAAGGGAAUCCUGCUGUUCGGCCCCCCGGGCUGCGGCAAAACCCUCAUGGCCCGUCAGAUCGGCAAGAUGCUGAACGCCCGGGAGCCGAAGAUCGUCAACGGCCCAGAGAUCCUCAACAAGUACGUCGGAGAGUCUGAGGCUAACAUCAGGAAGCUGUUUGCAGAUGCAGAAGACGAGCAGAAGAGGCUCGGAGCCAACAGCAGCCUCCACAUCAUCAUCUUCGACGAGAUCGACGCCAUCUGCAAGCAGCGCGGCAGCAUGGCGGGCAGCACCGGCGUCCACGACACCGUGGUCAACCAGCUGCUGUCCAAGAUAGACGGAGUGGAGCAGCUCAACAACAUCUUGGUCAUCGGUAUGACCAACAGGCCCGACCUGAUAGAUGAGGCCCUGCUGAGGCCGGGAAGGCUGGAGGUGAAGAUGGAGAUCGGGUUGCCAGACGAAAAAGGUCGCAUUCAGAUCCUAAACAUCCACACAGCAAAGAUGCGUCAGUACAACUUGCUGGCCACCGAUGUGGACAUUAAGGAGCUCGCCGUGGAAACUAAAAACUACAGCGGUGCCGAGUUGGAGGGACUGGUCCGGGCCGCGCAGUCCACCGCCAUGAACAGACACAUCAAGGCCAGCAGCACAGUGGAGGUCGACAUUCAGACUGCGGAGAAGCUGCAGGUCAGCAGACUGGAUUUCAUGGCCUCACUGAAUAACGAUAUCAAACCGGCGUAUGGAACCAACCAGGAGGACUACGCCAGUUACAUCAUGAACGAUAUAAUCCGGUGGGGUAAUCCAGUUUCAGCCGCCCUGGAGGAUGGAGAGCUGCUGGUGCAGCAGACGAAGAACAGUGAUCGCACACCGCUGGUCUCUGUGCUCCUGGAAGGCCCACCUAACAGCGGGAAAACAGCUCUGGCAGUUAAGAUUGCUGAAGACUCCCAAUUCCCUUUUAUCAAGAUCUGUUCGCCCGACAAGAUGAUCGGACACUCCGAGAUCGCCAAGUGUCAAGCAAUUAAGAAGAUAUUUGAAGAUGCUUACAAAUCACAGCUGAGCUGUGUGGUAGUUGAUGACAUUGAGCGCUUGUUGGAUUAUGUACCGAUUGGUCCUCGUUUCUCCAACUUGGUGCUACAAGCGCUGCUGGUUCUCCUCAAGAAACCGCCUCCAAAGGGACGUAAGCUGCUGAUCAUCGGCACUACGAGUCGCAGAGACGUUCUCCAGGAAAUGGAGAUGCUGGACGCUUUCAGCACUGCCAUCCACAUUCCCAACAUUUCCAAGGCAGAGGAGCUCGUGCAGGCCCUGGAGCUGCUGGGGUCUUUCGAGGAGAAAGAACGACUCGGCAUAGCUAACGCAGUGAAGGGCAAAAGCUUGUGGAUCGGCAUAAAGAAGCUGCUCAUGCUGAUUGAAAUGGCCGCACAGAUGGACCCCGACUACAGAGUCAGUAAGUUCCUGAGUCUACUGAGGGAUGAAGGAGGUCUCGAUUCUAAGCUGGGCAGAAUCUAGACGCAGUGAAAGAACAUAGCGAGGAGGAGUCAUCCUUCAUCGCGACUGAGAAGCGGAGGCCUGAAAGAGGCUGGCAGGGGGGCGCGGAGGGGGGCAUCAAUCUGGAUCCUUCCUUCUCGCCCCCUGUGAAGUUCCCUGCAGUGCAGAUGCCUGCAGCAGCCAUCGACCAGGACACCGACUUCACUUCAAAACUGUGCCAAGACGGGAAAUGAGACUAGAAGUGUGUAUAUGGGAUGCUUGCGUUUUGGACGACUAAUGCCGCCAUUCUGGUCGCCGGAGCUGCAUAGGGAUUUUUUUUUUUUUACUCAUUUAACGUUAAAGAGUCAGCGCAACUGAGGCACUUCUAUAGCAACAUGUGCUCAAACACUAAUUAUGAGACAGUUUUAUUUCAGUGCACGGAUGUGUAGCCUAACCAUUCCACGACACGUCUUGGUGUUCAAGUUGUGCGCCCGCUUCUAUCUGAUCUUCUUAUUACAUGAAUAAAUUCUGUUGCUUGCAAGGCA